GCCAUGAUUGAGGCAAAGGCUCAAAAGUUUCUGUCUGGCAUAUCCAAUUAUUAGCUUUAUCGGUGAGAAGAUAAUUCUGUCACUUUGAAAGACCUAGACACUUCGGGGAUCACUGACGACCGCCAUCAUGGAUGAAACUGAGCCCGCUCUAACAACCGCUGAGCUAGUUUGAGCUUUCUGAUUGGUCAGUAACUGAACCGUUAAAUUUGAUUGGCGAGGUCACUAAAUCGCGGUCUUUUUGACUGAGGAGAAAGUGAUACCAAAGCAGAAGUUUUUAUUCGGAUAAACUGGGAACUGACUGCUACUAAUUUCUAUGAAACAAUGAGCAAGAAAGACUCCAAGGAUUCUCAUGCCAGGGUGUGCCUUAGUCGACUUACUAGAAUUUUGGAGAUCACCAUGCUUGAAGAAUUACAACAACUUGAACACACGGGAGAUGUCGCGAGAAAUCUGGAGAUCGAAAGUAAUUCGGAACCUGCACAGAAAAGUUUUUUCUACAAAUCAUCGGAAAAGAUAAACAAGAUCAUCAGCAGAAGAGGGAGUCAUAAAAUAUUUGGUCAUUCGCUAACAGAGGAAGCUGUUCUCAGAAUCUCAACUCUUACAAAUUACUUAAAGUCAUAUGUGGACAAGGAGGGGUUGUUUAGAGUUUCUGGUAACAAGAAAAGACAAGAGGAACUAAAAGAAAUACUUGAUAAAGAAGACCCAGUUGACUUUGAAAAUGGAAGAUUCACUCCACAUGAUGUAGCAUCUGUUCUUAAAAUCUUCCUCGGAGAUCUCCCAGAACCUCUUCUGACAAAUGCUCCUUUGGAUGCUUACUUACAAAUCACAGAGAUCCGUAAUGAUGAAUCCAGUGCUAAGAUGAUCGAAGCAUUCCAGCUUCUCUUCUUGUUGGUGCCACCUCCAAACAGAAUGCUGUUACAGCAGUUGUUGGAACUCCUUAAUCUUACCUCUAAGAAUCCUUACAAUAAAAUGACAGCCCACAACCUUGCUGUGGUUUUUUCACCCAACAUUAUGGGCUUCAAAGAGAAAGUGACAUGCUUGAGUCACAUUCCAGAAGACAUGACAGUUAUGCACAAGUUGGUUGCCUCCAUGAUUCAUCAUGCUUCUGAACUUUUCAAGAUUCCCAAAGGUCUGUUGGAGGAGAUUGAAGCAGCAGAGGAGUGUUUUAAAAAGGAGGAACUGCCAGUUACUCGCACAUUUUGUCAGCAAAUGGACCGAUCAUCUCAUAAACAAGCUGUCCAACAAACAACAACAGAUGCUUUGGUGCAACUCUACAAUCAUGUCAUUGACCUUCCUGAUGGACCUGUUAGGCAGAAGUUCUUACAAAGGUUUGAGAAGAUGCAUCCCGGCACUCCUCCGUUUAUUCCGCGUUCAAAGAAGGCCAGUUGUGUGAAAAAUGUCGCUUCUUCAACUCCGCUAAAUUCAGCUGAGUCUCCGGCAGUAAAGUUAACAAGAACUCCGCUGUCACCCAUCCCAGGGAGGAACAUGCCUGUAACAAGUACACCAACACUGAAGAGACGAGUGGCAUUUGAUGUGGUGGAUUCUUCGGAUUGCUUCACGCCUAAAAUGCCUGUAUUCAGAGGUACACCCUUUCUCUCCAGAUUGGGUUUUAAAACACCUUCAGGUGUUAUCCAUGCUGGUGACUCGCCUGCAAUCAAACACAAGCGAACUAAGUCUACGUCUCAUCCAAAAGAUUUUGUUUCCCCAAGAAAGCAUGAAAGGCGUUGUUCAGCUCAUAUUCCUGGCAACAGGAGACUACCAAGUACCACUGACACACCAUUCACACCCUCAGGAUUCAUGAGGAGUGUUGAGCAGAUGGAUGAUGGCUGUGAAGCCAAAUCUCUGGUGUUCACUCCCUCAGUGAAAACUCGACGCGCCACCCCACCUCAUUUGAGACAAAACCUUUCAUCAGUUGACCACACGAUGGAUGAGAUUUACGUCUGAUUAAACCCGUGCUGUGAUUACCAUCGAGUCAUAUUGUUCCUCGUUGGCUUCUAAACCAAAUUUCCAGCUUUUCAAGCAUCCGACUUUUCCAUGGUUAAUCCUUACCUGCUUGGACGAAAACCGUUUAAAACGCCCAAUUAUCUCUUUCUAACUAAAGUCGAUUUCAAAUGCUACAAACAUGUUUCACUUGGACAGGUUUCUCACGUGUCUGCAAUGUCGUGGUCAUUUUUCUAAGCCUGGAGUAUCAGCCGAUUUGGGCGUGGGUCAUCGAAAGUCUUGUAAAACGGUUCAAAGUGAUCGUCCAGAGAAAAUCAAAACAAGAAAUUUUCUAACUGAAUGGUUGUUUCCACUUAAGUUGAAACCCACUUCCAGAUCAUUGCUCAUGAAAUACAUAAGCUAAGAAAUUCCACGAAAAAGAUUGUGGGAAGUCAUGAACGUUUUAAAGCUUGAAUGAGUAGAUACGACUCUUGUUUGAAUGUUCGCAUCUUUGUGUACAUUUUACCCCUAAGCGACAUCGCAUAUGACUCGAGACGCUGUAAGAGUUAGUUAAGCUACUUAGAAGUUUAAAGAAAAGAAAAAAAAGGCUUUUGUACAUAUUUGUAAAUAGAACCAAGAUGUAGAGUUUAGUUCUGCUUGAGAUAACUUAUAUCUUCUGGUUAAAAAAACAAAACUUUUUUGUGAA